CCUGCGUAAUGGAUAUAGUCAAUGCUGAAAUUUCUGAUAUACGCGGCAAUUGUGAACAGCAAAUAGGAAAUACAAAAAUCAUUAUUUGUAGCGCCUCUCUUGUGCGCAUCGACAUAUAUCCUGAUAAGCCGAACCGCCAGAUGACAGUUUGCUUACGUUUUCCCGAAAACUAUCCUGGAUCCCCAAUUCUAGUAGAACUUAAGAGCCGCAUCUACUCGGACAAGCUGCUGUCGGAGCUGACACGCCUCAUAGAUGACUAUGUACGCGAUUAUCUUGGUAAGCCGCAAGCGAUGUUGGUACUUCGAUUCGCCCAACAAUAUCUGCACGACAAUCCGUUGUGUGUUUGCCUCGACGAGAUAAAACAGCUGCGCCAGGAUCUAAAGACCCGUGUCGCUUGUCUGGAUUUGGCCGAGACAAACAAAAGCGAUUCGGAUAGUCAACUAAAACUGCGACAGCGGAACAGCAGCGUUGAAUUGACGGCGCGUGGUGGUCGUUAUGAGUACCGGGUUACUGCCACCGUGCCUGACACGUAUCCGGUGCAGUGCGUGGAGCUCACCUCACCGGAAUCAAAUUUACCAGCUGUACUUGUUCGCUAUCUGAAUGGACAAUCGCGAGAGAUUGCGAGGCAGUGUGUUGAGCCACCGUUGCGGCUCAGCAAGGAGGAAUUGGCUAAUUUUCGACCAGUACGCAGUCUUUAUCGCACACUUAAAUUUUGCCUGGAGGCCACACGUGAUUUUUACCGCGAAUUGUGUCCCAUUUGCGAGAACACAGUCUUGCCUGUCAAUCCGGAUGAUGUGGUACUCAAUGACAAUAGUGAUACGUAUGUGGAGCGCGUCUACUGCGGUCAUCUAUUCCAUCAGGGUUGUUUGAAGCGUUACAUGGCCGAACCGCCAUUUCCCAAAGGUGGUAAAUUGUGUCCCGCCAAGCGUCGCCAUCCGCGCUCCGAUGCUCAGACCUAUAUGGGCAAAUCCAGCAAUGCAGCAAGCACCUCAAAGCAAUUGGAUAAUGUGGUCUGUGGCAUAAAGCUUGCACAUGAUCGUUGGGUAGUGAACGUCAGGACAGCUGAGGCACGUUGGGCUCAGAAACAGGCACGACAACGUGAGCUAGAGGAGGUUGUGGAAUUUCUACAGUAAAAUCCAUCUUUGUACUUUACAUAUGAAUGUGAUUUUUAAUUGAUUCGAAUACGCUUCUAAUGCUAAGGGUGAAGUAAAGGGUUUAAUAAAUAUAUAAAUGAGGGCACAUACAGGUCUUGUGCGUUAUGGUCCUGUGACUAGCUAGGAUUUGUAGAAGGUAAAAACGUAAAAAAAUUGCUUUGGAAGACCUCAGAAAUCAGUCACUAUU